GUAGCAACGGGGAAGGAAGGAGGAUUGAGGAAUGAAGGAAGCAGAGCAGCUGCGUUUCCUCCUCAUUGACUUGCCCUUCACAACAACCAUCUGAAGAAGAUUGAAGAAGACCACCGCCACCGCCACCGCCACCGCCACCGCCGCGCAUCCAUCGAUCGCUCUCUCUAGAACCUAGAAUCUCUUCCGAUCCGAAAGGGCCUUCUUGCCGCCGGGGGUUCUGUUUCUGUUUCUGCUUCUGCUUCUGCCAAACAUUGUCACAAUAAUGGCUGCCCUAAUCUACCACAUUUUCUCCUCGUCGGCGCUCAUGUCGCUCGGCUUCUACCACCUGAUCUGCGCUACGAGGGACCACCUCAAGUCGCCGCGCGACUACUUCGCCAAACCCUACCAUCCACUCUCCUUCUCCUCGUCGCAGCGCCUCAGGCAUCUCCAGUUGUAUCUGUUAAUCGUUUGCCUUGUCAUCGCCUUUGUGCACCAAACCAUAGUCUCGGCGGAUUCCGAUCCGCUUCUCAAGGGCCGGACGCCGGUCCACCUCUUCACCUCUCUCCAGGCCGCCGGCGUCAUCUUCCUCUUCCUCCUACUCUCCAUCGCUCUCCUCGUCUCCGAGACGACCACUUCUCUUCUCCCUGUCCCGCCGGAUCUCUUCUUCGGACUCGCUGCCGGCGUCUUCUUCCUCCAGUACUCCGUUUCAUCUUCCGCCUCCUCCGUCCAGACCUCAGAUCUCCAGGCGAAGUGCGACUCCGUCUCCGGCCGCAUCUCCGCCCUCUCCGCCGCCCUCUGCCUCGUCCUAGCCUGCCAUCCGAGGCUGUUCGUGGCGGACGUCGGCAUCGGGGCUUCCGUCUUCCUUCAGGGCCUCUGGGCGCUGCAGACGGGGCUCUCCCUCCAGGUCGACGCCUUCAUUCCCGAAGGCUGCCACAAGCUGCUGGACGUUGUCUCCGGAGUGGAGGGCUCCACCAAGUGCGAUUUGGAGGAUUCCAAGCUUCGGGCCGUCGCAAUUCUCGAUCUGGUUUUCGUGGUCCACGUCAUGUUCGUGAUCUUCAUCGUCCUCAUCGCCUAUGCUGCUGUUUCCAGGUCCAUCGGAGUCAGGAGGUUCGGUUCUUACGAGGCCUUGCCGACGGGGACUUCCGACCACCCCUCCAACCACAUACAGAUGAAGGCUAUGACCGGCACCCAGGCCUGACUCUCUGCUUCUCUUUUCCCUCUCUGUUCAGUUUGAUAGCUCUUGGAAUCUUUUACAGCCUCCUCUUUCCUGCAUCGUUACUCGGAAGGUUUUUGUGGUAUUGCUUUGUUAUGCAGAAAAUUUUGUGGUAAUGAUUUGAAGAAGCUGUUGUCUCCAUUUUUUGUUAAUGACUUUAGCAUUGUUUGUAGCCCCUUUGAGUCUUCGAGGGUUUUUGCCCUCUAGUGUACACAGAACAAAUUAGUCCUUUUAUUGGUUGAUGAACUUGAUCAUCUGUCAGACAACAUUUUUCUCCUUAGUCUGAUAAAUAGAAGUAAUCUCCUGUCUCAGUUUGACCUUUA